AUGCACAUCCCGCGCGUCCGCGCCGCGCUCCUCGCGCUCCUGGCCGCAUUGCUGCCCGCGCUCCCCCGGGCCCUUGCGGAGGCCCAGCUCCUGAUACGCGUGGACGCGGCCCGCGCGCUGCGGCCCCUGCGGCCUUUCUGGAGGAGCACGGGCUUCUGCCCCCCUCUGCCGCAUGACCAGGCUGACCAGUACGACCUCAGCUGGGACCAGCAACUCAACCUGGCCUAUGUGGGUGCUGUCCCUCAUGGGGGCAUUGAACAAGUUCGGACCCACUGGCUGCUGGACCUCGUCACAGCCAGGGGGAUGCCUGGGUGGGGUCUGAGCUACAACUUCACCAACCUGGAUGGGUACUUGGAUCUUCUCAAGGAGAACCAGCUUCUCCCAGGCUUUGAACUGAUGGGCAGCCCAUCUGGACGCUUCACUGACUUUGAGGACAAGCAGCAGGUGUUCGAGUGGAAGAACCUUAUCUCACUUCUGGCCAGGCGAUACAUCGGUAGAUAUGGACUAGAGCACGUUUCCAAGUGGAACUUUGAGACGUGGAACGAGCCAGACCACCAUGACUUUGACAACGUGACCAUGACCACUCAAGGAUUCCUGAACUACUACGACGCCUGCUCUGAGGGUCUUCGAGAGGCCAGUCCAGCGCUGCUGCUGGGCGGCCCCGGUGACUCCUUUCGGCCCCCUCCCCGUUCGCCCCUGUGUUGGAGCCUCCUGGAACAUUGCCACAAUGGGACUAACUUCUUCACGGGCGAGGUGGGCGUGCGCCUGGACUACAUUGCGCUCCACAAGAAGGGCGCCGGGAGCUCCAUCUACAUCCUGGAGCAGGAGCAGGAGGCUGUACAGCUGAUCCAGCGGCUCUUCCCCAAGUUCACCGACACCCCAGUCUACAAUGAUGAGGCUGAUCCGCUGGUGGGCUGGUCCCUGCCGCAACCUUGGAGGGCCGACGUGACCUACGCCGCCAUGGUGGUGAAGGUCAUCGCGCAGCACCAGAACCUGCUGGUCGCCAACACCAGUUCCGCCAUCCGCUAUGCGCUCCUGAGCAACGACAACGCCUUCCUGAGCUACCACCCUCACCCCUUCUCGCAGCGCACACUCACCGCACGCUUCCAGGUCAACAACACGCGCCCGCCCCACGUGCAGCUGCUGCGCAAGCCGGUGCUCACCGCCAUGGGGCUGCUGGCCCUGCUCGAUGGUGAGCAGCUUUGGGCAGAGGUGUCCCAGGCCGGGGCAGUGCUGGACAGCAACCACACUGUGGGCGUCCUGGCCAGCGCCCACACCCCUCUGGGCCCCUCUGAUGCCUGGCGCGCCUCAGUGCUGGUUUACGCGAGUGACGACACUCGAGCCCACCCUAACCGCAGCGCCGCCGUCACCCUGCACCUGCGUGGGGUACCCCCAGCCCCGGGCCUGGUCUACGUGACGCUCUAUCUGGACAAUCGGCUGUGCAGUCCCCAUGGCGAAUGGCAGCGCCUGGGCAGGCCCAUCUUCCCCUCGGCUGAGCAGUUCCGGCACAUGCGGACGACCGAGGACCCUGUGGUUGAGGCCCCACGCCCCUUCCCUGCUGAUGGCCACCUGACGCUGCGCCGGAAGCUGCCGCUGCCCUCUUUACUGCUGCUACACGUGUGUGCGCGCCCUGAGACACCACCGGGCCAGGUGACGCGGCUCAGAGCGCUCCCGGUGACCCGCGGACAGGUGCUUCUGGUCUGGUCGGAUGAGCUCGUGGGCUCCAAGUGCCUGUGGACUUAUGAGAUCCAGUUCUCGGAGCGAGGUGAGACAUUCACCCCAGUCAGCAGGAAGACAUCCACCUUUAACCUCUUCGUCUUCAGCCCACACACAGCUGUUGUCUCUGGCUCCUACCGGGUUCGAGCUAUGGACUACUGGACACGACCUGGCCCCUUCUCAGAUCCUGUGCAUUACCUGGAAAGGGGUGUUUUAUGAGGGCCACCACCAGGUGACUCUGAACCUGUACUGUUGAACCUGGGGCUGAUCAGGGGUGGGGAUGGGCUGGACGCUUAG